AAACCCAAACUCCACAGCACAAAGAAGCCAAGAACAAGUUCCGUUUCAAGUUCUCUCUCGCUACUCUUCAGAGAUUAGAGAUUUUAGAGCAGAAGGGAAGGAAGAGGAUCGAUGGAUCGGGUGACGAACCUGUACCUGGAGAACCUGUGCAUAAUGCAGGAGAACGAGCGGCUGAGGAAGAAGGCGCAGCUGCUGGACAAGGAGAACAAGGCGCUCCUCGCCAAGCUCAAGCUCAAGAACAACCCCUCCACCGCCGCCGCCGCCGCCGCCGCCUCCUCGCCGUCGUCCCAGCAGCAGCCAGACGCCGGCGCCUCGGCGGCCGCCAGCGUCGUCAAGGCCGGCGCGGCGGCGCCGUCGUCGUCCUAUGGCGGGAAGAAGACCAAGUGAUGCAGCUAGCUAGCUCGAGCAUGCAUGGAGAUGAUGACGUGGAUCUUUUGUAAUUAGUUGCACUAGCUUAAGUACAUUAGCAUAUUUGAUGUUACUAGCAUGCAAUGCAUCAUGGAGCAUUAACGAUCGAGUGUUAGAUGAUCACCAGGUAGCCAGAGCAGCGUCGUUUUGGACUAAUUAAGCUAGCUAUUAGCUAAGCUUGCAGUGUUUUG